CCAAUCCUUUUUUCUCUGCAACACUGACCCAAAACGACACCCUACACCAUGUCGUCCGACACGCAGCAGCAGCCCAAAACGGCAGAGAAUUUCUGGGGCGACAUGCCGGAGGAAGAGUACUACGCGUCGCAGGGAGUGAUAAAUACGAAAUCGUACUUUGAAACAGUUAACGGAAAGUUAUUUACGCAGCGAUUUGUACCGUUGGAUCAAAAAAUCAAAGGGACGGUGUACAUGACUCACGGUUAUGGAUCGGAUACUGGUUGGUUGUUUCAGAAGAUUUGUAUUGAAUACGCUACUUGGGGUUAUGCUGUUUUUGCCGCUGAUCUUUUUGGUCAUGGUCGAUCGGACGGCCUGCGUUGCUACAUGGGUGACUUGGAAAAAAUUGCAGCCACGUCCUUAUCGUUCUUCAAGCAUGUUCGCUCUAGCGAACCAUACAAGGAUUUGCCAGCCUUCUUAUUUGGCGAAUCAAUGGGUGGGCUAGCAACAAUGCUAAUGUACUUCCAAUCAGAUCCCAACACGUGGACGGGCUUGAUUUUCUCGGCCCCACUAUUCGUAAUCCCAGAGCCAAUGAAACCCAGCAAAUUACAUCUAUUUAUGUACGGCCUCCUCUUCGGAAUAGCCGACACGUGGGCAGCAAUGCCGGACAAUAAAAUGGUCGGCAAAGCAAUCAAAGACCCCGAAAAGCUCAAAAUCAUAGCAUCAAACCCUAGAAGAUACACUGGCAAACCUAGAGUCGGAACAAUGAGGGAAAUUCAAAGAAUGUGCCAGUAUGUACAGGAUAAUUUUUCUAAGGUUACGGCGCCGUUUUUGACCGUCCACGGGACAGCCGAUGGAGUGACAUGUCCGACAUCGUCCGAAUUGUUGUAUGAGAAAGGCGGUAGUGAAGAUAAGAGCUUGAAAAUAUAUGAGGGUAUGUAUCAUUCUUUGAUACAAGGUGAGCCUGAUGAGAAUGCUAACCUUGUUUUGAAAGAUAUGAGAGAGUGGAUUGAUGAGAGGGUUGUGAGGUAUGGUUCUAAUAAAAUUGUUGAUUUGAGUACAAUUAGGGGAGACUAAAAUUUGUUAUUCAUUGUGGGAAAUUUGGGUUUUGGUCCCAUGUCUUAAGGUAACACGGAUAAAUGAAUAUGUUGUAAUGGAAUAAAAUUUGCAGCUUUUUUUU